AUGUCGAUGACAAUCUCCAAAGCCAUUCUCCUCCUCUCUAUUGCUUGGGCAGUCUAUGUACUAUGGAUUGUCCCGUAUCAGAACGGUCUCCUGACGGCUGCGCUCGACAUGCAAAAGCCAGGCACAAAUCUUCCAGGCUCGAAACUGGUGCCUGCGCGACACCAUUACACCGGUGUUAGAGUUUUGGAUAACCAGAUAAAAACCAUGACUGGCUUUUUCUGGCCUGCCUUAGACGGUAGUCGGGCCGAUGUCUCGCUUGUAUUUCUCGAGAUUGCGACUCAGGCUAUGGCAACCUGGAUCUUGGUGACUAUCGAGAGUUUACGGGUGGGGAACAAAGGGAAGUGGUAUAUCAAUUCUGUCAUGAUCGCCGGCGUUCUGAUGCAGAACCUGGGCUAUGGGCUGAUAGUCCCGCUGUGGUUAUAUUUACACCUUGCCGCCUCAUCCACCAUCAACACCGCAACAGCAGCACCGUUAAUAUCAUCCAAUCCACUACCUCUUUUGACCCUCCCGCUCAGCACCAUCCUUGCCUUCUUUCUUCCUAACUUGCUCAUGUCGCUCUCACCUCCUCAUCGUUUCUGCCCGGACAACUCCACCAAGCAGUUGUACGUCGCCAUUUGUCAAUUCUGGCCUGUCCUGAUGUCUGUAUCCCAAUUCAUCCUCCCGAUCGCGAUAUCAGCUACGACACCAGGCAUCAACGCCUUGUCCGAACGUGAUAAAAAGCUCAAAUCGCUCAAGUACCUUCGUCGGAGCUACAUCUUCGCAUUUGCCUCCACCACGUUGUCCCAUUUCGUCGCUGUUGGCAUCCCACUUCUGGCGUACCUUUUCCCCACGCUGUUCAGCCCCAUUUAUAUGCGACAGCUGCAGCUCUCCAACGUAUUCGUGCCAAAAUCACCGCUUCCGCCAGUUCAGUCCAUCUCCACUUUUGCAGAUGGCGCUCUCACAUUCAUGCAAUGGGACCUAAUCAUCGGCUCGUUGGCAGUAUUGGUCUGGGCCCUUACGCUAGCAAUUCAGGCUCAACGGACAAGACUUUGGGCGUUUGAGUGGCUCGACGGCCUUUUGAAAGCGGCGGCUUUAGUGUGCGUGAGCGGGCCAGUGGGGGCGGCGGUUGUGAUUAUCUGGGAGAGGGAUGAGAUGGUAUUUGGGUUGGACUUGGCAAGGGAGGAGGAGAGGAAGAGUAGAUGA